AUGGUUGACACUGCAGCAUCUUCACAAACAGCGGAAAAGACCACCUAUGGCUUACCCAAACCCAUUCCUGCGUAUUAUCCCCACCCUGGGUCAAAACUUUACGCUGAUAAAGAAUUCUACGAUAAAAUCGCCAAUAGUAAGAAGACUUUAGUCAAGGAAUACAGAUGUCCACCAAGAUCAGGAAUUGCUUUCCAAGUCCCUGCUAAGUCAGUUUUUAGGUUAACCACUCCUGAAGGACCUCAAGUUUUGGAUUUAAACAUCUGGAACUUACACAAUCCUAGAGAAAGAUUCUGGGCUGCUAGAACCAGACAAUUACAUUCAGCUCAUGUUUCUACUUAUGAUAGAUUAUGGUCCAACUUACCUUAUUUGAGACCUUUGGUGACAAUUACUGGCGACAGUUUGAACGCAAGACACGAUGAAUGGGGUGGUAGAGCUCACGAUACUUUAGGAACUAGAUGUGAUCCUUAUGUCGAUAAAUUGAUCAGUGGUGAAGAUAAUGACUUACAUUGUCACUCUAACUUAACCAGAGCUAUUUUACCUUAUGGCUUGACGGAAUUUGAUGUCCAUGAUGUUUUGAAUGUGUUCCAAAUCACGGGAUUAACUGAAAAUGAUCAAUAUUUCAUGGAAGCUUGUCCUGCUACCAAAGACGAUUAUUUCGAGAUGUUUGCCGAACAAGACUUGUUAGUAGCUAUCAGUGCUUGUCCUGGAGGAGAUUUAUCUCAAUGGGGAUGGGGAGAAACAGAUGAUAAUGCUCAAACUAUGACUGAUUGUUGCAGACCUUUAGGAGUUGAAAUUUACUCUAUUGAGGAAGAGGUCUUAGAAGGUUGGACUGCUCCUGAAUGCCCUCAAUAUAAGGGUAACCAUGGAUUGAAAGGACCAUCUUCAUGA